AUGUCACGGUCAACUAAUGGCUCAGAUGGGUUACAGCCUUCUGGUGUGUUCAAUCAUGAGGCCAUGAAGGGGCGAUUCUCCCUGCGAUAUAUUCUUGGCUCGGGAGAAAAUGAAAGACCGGAGCAGCAUGAAGGCGACCACAGCGGCUCGCCCGACGAUCCGAUCCGUUUGGGUCUGAUCAACAUCUCUAUUGCCCAGUGUUUAUUUGAUCACUUCAUCACCGUCUUCAAUACCUAUAUUUCUCAGCUUGACCCUGCCUUGCAUACCUUUUCAUACGUGCGCCGGAAAUCGUCAUUUUUGCUUAGUACAAUUCUCGCAAGCUCGGCAAGGGCUUUCAACCCAACUUUCUAUCCGAGACUUCACGAACAUGCCGAAUCUUUAUUGGCAAAGAUUUUUCUAAGUGGCAUGAAAUCUACGGAAAUAGCUCAGGGGAUUCUCAUUCUAACGUAUUGGAAGGAGCCUCGCGAUACACGGGCCUGGGUCCUACUUGGUUACGUGAUCAGAAUGUGUACAGACAUGGGAUGGCAUAAGUUUCUUCCUUCUCAAUAUCAAAAUCACUCAAUGAGCGAAAGCGAAAGCGAAAGGCGAGAAACUCGAGAUAAAGAAAGAACUUGGUUUCUUUUGUUCGUUUACGACCGGAGGUAUGCUGAUCGCUUCAAGCCAGAUGUGAAGGGGGUUGACACAGAAUACAGCAUGAGUCUACAGACAGGCAGACCUUGGAUGAUUGAGCGUGACGAAUUCAUUGAGUCGAUAGAGACAUGGUGCAACGAUCCGCUCGCGACCAGGCAUGACCCUCUCCUGGGAGCAUUUGUUACCUUGAGGAUAUUGACCUCCGAAGCAGUCAGAUUAUUAAAUCCCCAAGGCUGGGAAGGCAAAAGAGCCAAAAUGCAAGGAAUUGAAUUGCAGUUGGACUUUAUUAAUACGCGCAUGAGGAAGUGGGAAAAGCAAUGGACUCAAAAGAUCAAGGCCUUAUCAAGCAGUGAAGAAAACUGUCACGAAUUCUUGAUACGCUUUUAUGGAUCUCAUAUAAAACUUCAGCUCUCUUCGUUACCACUGCAAGUGAUGCUGAGUUCUGGUGCUUCUGAGGCUUCACUUGACUUGGGAACAUUCUGGAUGGCAUACUCGAGUGCGCUAUCAAUGCUCAAGCUCAUAUCAGACUUCUCGGCACAUAUUUACUUUGUUCAGGACUCGAUACAUGUGAUGAAUGCAUAUAGCGGUGCAUUCCUCGUGAAGGCCCAAUUCCUAGGCAAUAUUGCGGCAAGACUAUCUGAAAUGGAUAUUCCGAGACAAAAUGACCCCCUUCUUACAGAUUUGAAUAUUUUCAAUAGAAGACUUGAUAGUGUUGAAACCCCGAUCCGUGACGGUCGGUUUCUAAAGAACGGCACACAGGAAGCCUCCCAACAACGUGAUGUGACAGCGGCAGAAGCAUCGCUUCAAGAGCCAGAAACCUUUAUGAGUGACGAGUAUUGGGCAAAUGUGUUUGCAACUGCUGGGUUCAAUAUUGACGACGGAAUAUUCCUAGCUUAG